AUGCAGGAGACAUCGCCCUGCAGUCUGCGGGAAAAGGGCAACCAGCUUUUCGAGGCGCAGCAGUUUGCUGCUGCAGCUGAAUGCUAUGCAGAGGCAUUGGCCAAAAUCAAGGCAGAUUUGGACGGUUCUGAGGAUCUGCAAAUACCGGUUCGGCUAAACUUGGCCGCAUGCUUGCUGCGCACAGGAGCUCGCAUUGAGGAGGUCGAAGAUCUUUGCGGCGAAGUUCUGUCGUUGCAGCCAUCCAAUGCUAAGGCGCUCUUCCGGCGGGGCUGCGCGCGACAGAUCCUUGCCAAGCGCGAGGGUGACGGGCGUCCGAUGCUGCAAGCUGCCAAGAAGGAUCUCUUGCAAGCUGCGAAGCUGGAGCCGCAGAACCGUCAGGUCCGUUUGGCACUAAAGGAUCUCCAAGAGGCUCUCGCGGAGCAGCUUGAAUCCGGAGUCCCUGGAGUCUCCAGCAUCCUGGGCAGGCUUUACGGCGACAAAGAAGUCGCGGCUCCGGUUGCUCCUGUCCCUGUCUGCUCCGAACUCCCUCCGUGCCGUCCUGAUCCAGUUGGCCAAAGCUGUGGCAAGACAGGCUGGAACGCAGACAGAGCCCAGUGGCUCCGGGUGCCUGAGGCAGAGGUAACACAGGAGCCUUCUGACUUCGAAGAGGACGGUUGCUUAUUGGAGGUGAUACGAAGCUCUCGCUCCCAUCCCAACGAGGGCAAAGACCUGAGCGACAUGAGCGAGGACGAGCGGGAGCAGCUGGAGGAUUGCUUGGACUCUACGGAGAAACCCUACCCGCAGCCCAAGCGCCCUGUGACGCUGACGCAGGCCGUGAGGUGCGCGGAAGAGCUUUGGGAAGAUGCAUAG